AUGUUCUAUCGGUCGAGCGCAAGCAUCUUCGCCUGUUUAUGUUACGCCCUGACGCUUUAUAUUUUCCCGUUUAACUAUGUACAUGGAGUUAGCCCCCGAAGGCAGGCCACUAACCCAUUUUUCCUACCCACUCAUUUUGACGGAGUCUUCAGUCCCAGCAGAAAAGUAUUUCGCAUAAGGAACGCCAACAAGAAGGACUGCAUUGUUACUGUGCCAAAUUACACGACGCCACAUGGUGCACAGAAGAAAUAUAUAGAGGAGUACUACUCCGGUGCAGAGAGAGGGAAGUACUCCCCACUCCACACACAGAAGGGUGAUGUCGCCGCUGGGGGGGGCAUCAACGAAGAUGUUAGCCUAACAGGGAAGAAGAAGCUGAACGAGCCCAACGAUGGUGUGAUGGAGUAUGGACCAAACGCGGAGGGUAAAACAUCACCAGUGAAUCCACAAGGGGAUGAACCGCUGAACCGAAGGGGAGAAACCCGAAUAGUGAAGUACGAAGAAAGGGAGGAUGUAGAAACCCCCUUAAAGUCUUCCCAAGGGGAUGCUCCCACCACGAAGGAUGCAAACAAUGACAACUGUGCGAACGGUGUGACAGAAGCGCUGAAACAGGAGGAAGAAGAGCCAGUCUCCUUUCCCCUGGCGCAGCUACAACAAAAGAGGAAAAGAAAAAAAGUCCAAAAUGAAGAAGUUCGUAAAAAGCUAUCUGAGCUAGCCAAACUCAGAUGGAGAGAUGAAGAAGAACGAAAAAAAUUAUUGAGAUGCAAAAAUCAAUUUAAGCAUUCCGAAAAAACGAAACAAUUAUUAUCAUACAAAAUUAAAUUAAAAUGGACAGACGAAAAUUAUCGAAAAAGCAUUAUCGAAAAAACGAGGAUAUUUAAUCAGGAUGAGAAUACCAAAAGGAGGAAAUCUAUUUUACUUAGACAAAAAUGGAAAACAAAAGAAUUUCGCGACAAAAUGCUCAGUGGAAGGAAGCCUUUCACGCUCGAGAGGCGAAAGAGGAUCUCCGAGAUCAUUAAGCAGAAGUGGCGGGAAGACGAAUACAAGCAGAAAACACUGCAGGCCAUAAGGGACAAUUACAAGAAACGCAAGUUGCAGGUCGGCCUCAACCCCAAUUUUAACUACGUCCAAAAUGUUAUGCUCUUCAAGCGGCUCGGGCUCAGUGCACCCAAAAUAAGAUUCUUCCCCAGCAAUCACAGGGAAAAACUACGCGGGAAAAAAAAAAGAAAAAAAAAAAAAGAGGCCAAGGAUCCAGAGAACUACAAAGAAAACUGGAGAAACAUUUACGACAGUCUGUUGGACACAAACGAGUUCCAGCAUUCGCUGGCCUACAUGAAUCAUGUCGGAAACUUGAGUGUCAGCACAAAUACAUGA